GGGAAUUUUAUCAAAGGGUACACGUCAUUAAAAAUGCGCGUAAGUUUGAGUUUGAGUUUGAAGAUCAAAAUUAGGUAAUUUUUACGAACUGAGAAAAUGUUGUGAUUAAUAAAUUCAGUUUCUGUACUAUUCACGUUUCGAUGUACCGAUGACAGUCGCGAAAUCGUUUUACGAGAGCUUUGAUGUUAAUCAAAAUAUGAUUUAUUGCUGUGCGUAAUCAACACUAUCACCCAAGUGCACGUAUGUGAAAUCACCAUGUCCGAAAUACUAAACCUGGACAUGUUUUUCGAUUCAGAAAAUCUACUUCUGAAUUUCGACAAAGAUGAUCUAAAACCGAAAAAAGAUAAACAAAAUGUUGAAAAUCUGGAACUGUUCGAUGACGACUUCUUGAAUUCAAUUUUGAAACCUAUCGCAGAUGAAUGCUCACCCUUCGAUCAGUUGUUGUUCCCCAAUGGCGACGAAAUAUUGAAUGAAUCCAAACAUGAAUGUAGCUCUGAUAGCGGUCUAUCUUGUGAACAACAAUUUUCGCCUACGAGAACGGAUGAAGCUGAAGAUUCUUUGACGAAUAAUUUCCUGGAUCCCGACGAAGACCAAAAGACAGAUAUCAAGAUAUUCUCUCAUCUAGAUAAUUCUUCAGAUGAGAGUACCGUUACAUUACACGAGUCGUACGAUAUAAAUGAAUUGCAGUUUGAUGCGGUGGAGUUUGUUAAAGAAGAGGUCGUAGAAUGUGAAGAAAUACCCAUUUCAAGUGUUUCUUCUGUGGAUUCAGAUUCAAAUUCAGCUAACGAAAUUUAUGUAAUUACCGAUGAGAACGAUACAGUAGAUGAUAGUAUCAAACCGGAGCGCCCGGCUUUCAAAGCUUUUCGCACUUUGCGCGUUGUUAAGGUUGAUGAUCCAGCAUCUCAAAGUAGAAUUAUCAAAAGAUUCAAACCUUUGAACCAUACUGGAACACAAGGCAAUAGAGGUAAAAGGAAAUUAUCAGAUGACCUCGUAUCCGAAGAAGGAGCUAGUGACGAUUCUGAUUUCAUAUAUCCUAGGCUUCAUCUUACACCUGAAGAACAAAAAUUAGCAGACAAGGAAGGUAUUAAAUUACCAACUCGUUACCCUCUUACAAAGAAAGAAGAACGAGAAUUGAAACGAAUCCGAAGAAAAAUUCGUAAUAAGAUUUCCGCUCAGGAUUCUCGUCGUCGUAAGAAAGAAUAUGUCGAUGGCCUAGAAGAGAGAGUGAAACGUUGUUCUGAAGAAAACGCUCAUUUAAUGAAGCGAAUUAAAACGUUACAAAGUCAGAACGUAUCAUUAGCAGCCCAAGUUCGUAAGCUACAAGCAUCUUUGGCCCGAAGCUCUGGUCAGACAGCUCAACCAAGGACGUGUCUUUUGGUACUCAUCAUGUCAUUAGCUCUUGUUUUGGCUCCUACCAUGAGGAAUUCGCCGUUGGAUUCGGAGAAUAACGAAGAUGAAGGAAUAUCAUUGACCGAAGAUGGAAGUACCACUUCGUUGAACACCGGUCAUUCGAGAAACUUAUUAUUCUCGCAUAAAGCGCACGAAGGCCAAUGUGAUUUGGAUGAAGAAGCGAAAACUUUAACCAAACAAUUGGAAAACAUGCAGCUACCCAACUCCAAUUUAUUGAGUGGUUUGUUGGAUAUGUUAAAAACGAAGAUCGGUAAAGAAAAUACAUUACUAAAGGAUCACGAUUACUUUCGUCCCCGUAAACGGGCAGGCUCCAUUUUGGUCGGUGAAGAGUCGCGUUUACCAGCUAAACUUUCUUCAUCUAAAUUCUCCUUCAACGAUGAAAACAUACUGAAUUCUAUCAUCUUAGAAAACACCAAUAAUAAUAAAACAGGGCCAUUGAAUACAAAAGAACCUGUUGUUAUUGAUCUGUUGUCAGAAUAAAAUAAUCAUGUUAUAUUUUUUCAGUGUCAAUACGCCGACAAUUUUGUUAAUUAAGUUGUACACAGCUUUUUGUUGUCCAAUAUUAAGUGCCCUUUUUUCACAUUUUAGUUAGGUAAUGAUAAUGCUUAUUAAUCGAAUAGCUUUUCUAUUUAUGCUAAGAUCGUUGAAGAUAUUACAAUAGUUUGUGAGUAUUUCGGGUUUUUACUUUCCAAGUUUAUGUACAUACAGUAUUCUUUUUCCUUCUCUGUUGUUUAUAACGACUUCUUGUCUUUAGGAUAAGUUAUUAUAACUAAAUUUUUACUCAAAAUUUGAGUAUAUUGACGCACUUAAAACCAAUCAUUUUUCAAAUGUAAUCGUUACGCAUGUUUUACAACAUAUAAUACGUCUUGUGCAUGUGGAAUAAAAGUUUUGUAUAAUUAUAGUGAUACACACAGCA